UGUGCUCUGGCAUGUCCUCCUGGAGAGCCGGCGUCCUGACGGCGCUGUGCUUCCUGCAGCAGGCUGGAGGUCAGGGCAAACUCCCUGCUCCUCAGAACGUGACGCUGCUCUCCAAGGAUUUUGACAUGAUCCUGACGUGGGCUCCAGGAGCAGGCUCCCCACCAGGGGUGAGAUACACUGUGAGGUAUGAGAGCCUGCAGCACCUGAACAAGUGGAAGAAGGUUCCUCACUGCAAAGCCAUUCAGAGCACCUCCUGCAAGCUGACCUGUGAGCUCCCAACCUACUUUGUCAAGGCUCGAGCUCAAGUGAAAGCUGUUUUGGGAAGCUCUCGCUCCCCGUGGGUGGAAUCACAGUUCAAGGAGUACUACCUGGAUGUGGAACUGGCUCCCCCAGUGCUGAAUGUCACCCUGAAGGACAACUCCAUCCACGUGGAGGCCUCCUUCCCCUUGCCCCCCUGUGUGGAGACCUUGGUUUGGAUGUAUGACCUGAACUUUUGGGAAGCUGGCUCUGAAGAGAAGAAGCAAUAUGAAAAGAUCCUCAGGAAGCAGGCAGUGACCAUUGACACCACUGCCCUUCGAGGCAACUACUGCCUGAGUGCCAGAUCUUCCUUCCAGGGCAUUGGCUUCAAGUACAGCCACUUCUCCCAACCACUCUGUGUGCUGCUGACCCACAGAGGGGAAUGGAAGUUCCCCUUUGCUGUCACCAUCCCUGUGUUUGUCCUGCCCAUCUUCCUGACCACCCCCUUCAUCAUCUGCUUGCUGAAGCAAGAUGCUAAGCAGAAGAAGAUGCCACAUGCUCUGGAUUUGUCUCCUCUAAAGGCUGCUGGAGCAGACUUUCACUGUGAGCUCAGCACCAAGGAGUUCCCCAGGGCCUACCUCACCUGCACAGAGCUGCCAGAGUCCCAAGGGAAGAGAGCCAAAGCUUCAGCAAGAAACAGCCUCCCACGGAUGGCUUCUUUCCUAUCAUCAUCAUCAGAGGAGGAGGAGGAGGGCAGCAGUACUUUCAUCCCAUACAUUGGAAUGCCUCACUUUCCAAAGAGACCUCUCAACCCUCAGUCAUCCAGGACAGAUCAGGGGAAGAGCAGCUUGGACUCUGGAACUGGAGAUCUCUCUGUGGGGAGUGAGUCUGAGCUUGACCUAAGUACCUUGGACUCUACUUCCUUUCCACUGAGGAAGAGUGAGGUGGACACCUCGGGAUCCCAAGCCAGUGAGGAGUCCUCCCUGUCCCACAGCUCCUCCCUGGGGAGAAUCUCUCUCACUGAUGUGAGAUUCCCAGGUCCUGAGGAGCAUGGGCAGCAGGAUACAGGCUGGGAGGGAUGCCUGGAUGUGACCCCACUUCAUGCACUGACAGAGGGCACUUGUGCCAGGCUGGCAGGAGCCCAGCACGGGCAGGCUCCUCACUUCACCAGGUAUUACCAGAGAGCAGCUGAGCUGCACCUCCAGCUGGGUGAGACAGCCCAGCUCCAGCAGCAGCCCAGCUCCCAGCUGCUCCUUUCCUUCCAGACACUGCAGGGGGCAGAAGAUGAAGGUAUUGCCAGCGACUGUGACAGAGACACCCUGGCAGCAGGGACGUUUGAAACCUCAGGUGUGGAGGGAAAACACAACGAGGUGUUUAAAUGCAAAGGCUAUGAGCAUGCACAUUACUUGGGAAGGAGCUAGGGGGUCCCAGCUCUGUGGUGUGCCUGGGAAAUGCUGGAGAGAGCCAGGGAGCCAGGCAAGGACAC